CGUUCUUGUCUAGUGAAUCACUAAUCAACAUCCCCGCGCGGCUCAGUAUAAAUACAUGGCGGUGGACAACAGUCGCUGCUGCACUUCAUCAACUGGGAAGGCUCAAGGUUUUAUCUGAGGUUUUUGCUUUGCAUUCAAAACCUGGUCUCAAAGAUCCACACAAGAUGAGGGUCUUAGGCUCAGUGGCAGUUCUCACUCUUCUAUGUGUCCUCUCAGAAAGCAUUUUGCCUCCUUCCAAAGAAGACCUCAGCCAGAUCUCGCUCCAGGGAGAGAAGUAUCUGGACAAGCAGAUUGAGAAUGCCAUCACUGGGGUGAAGGAGAUGAAGUCGGUGAUGGAGAAAUCAGGAGAGGACCACAAGAAGUUCCUCACGGCCCUGGAGAAGACCAAACAGGAGAAGGAGGAGGCUUUGAAGAGUGCUCAGGAAAUGGAGACGAAGCUGGAGGAGGAGCAGGAGGUGUGCAACGAGACCGUCAAGGCCCUGUGGGAGGAGUGCAAGCCCUGCCUGAAGAACACCUGCGUCAAGUUCUACUCACGCACCUGCUCCAGCGGCUCUGGCCUGGUGGGCCGACAGUUUGAGGAAGUGCUGAACAGGACGUCUCCCUUCUCCAUCUGGAUCAACGGCGAGAACAUCGACACUCUGGCCCGGGAGGACCAACAGCAGAGCCGCGAGUUCCAGGACCUGGAGAAGCACUACUCCGAGGUGUCCGAGGGGGUGGACAGCAUCUUCCGCGACAGCAUGCAGGUGUUCGACCGCAUGCGCUCCUUCCACCACCCGUUCUUCGCCAGCCCCUUCGGCCGCCCGCGCGUCUACCGGUCUCCUCUGUCGGACCCGCACUUCCACGGAUUCCAGAGCAUGUUCCAGCCGAUGAUGGAUAUGGCUCGGAACAUGUUUCAGUCUAUGGAGUCACACAUGGGGAGUGAUGGGGACUUUGGGUUCAACCCAUCUGGAGGUAAUGAAAGCACAAAUGAGGAUGUUGUCAUCACCAAGCCCUUCGGAAACGACCGCAUGACCUGCAGGGAGAUUCGAAGGAACUCGGCUGGCUGCAUCAAACUCAAGGAGGAGUGUGAGAAAUGCAAAGCUAUCCAGCACAUCGACUGUUCUGGAAAGAAGCCUCUGGAAGGCCCCCUGAAAGAGCAGCUGGAGCAGGCUCUGGAGAGGGCUGAGAGGUUCACGCAGGAGUACAACAGACUCCUGCGCAAAUUCGAGGAGGAGAUGUUCAACACUUCCAGACUGCUGGACAUGUUUAGCAAGCAGUUUGGCUGGGUCUCUACUCUGGCCAACAACACCGCGACCAAAGAUGGCUUCUUCCAGGUCAAAACGAUCUUGAGCAGAGGCAAUGAGGAAUCUAAAGAGCCGGACGACACCAACGUCUCGGUACAGCUGUUCGAUGCUCCCCCUAUGACCUUCACCGUGCCCGGGGACAUCCCCUGGAGUGACCCCAAGUUCUCCGAGGUGGUGGCACAAGAGGCUCUGGACCGCUUCAAAGAGACUACCGUGGUCGUCAAGUAGACGUCAUCAGUGCCAGGUGACAGCUGCGAUGGUGGAUUCGAAAUGUUUCCUUUGCAAGGAUGGGGAGGGGGGGGAAAAGAGCAAAUCAUCUUCAAGGAGCUUAGUAGAAGCGUUUUUCAGCAUUAGGGGUUGGUGAACCAGCUCAUGCUACUUGUAUUAGAGUUACUACCCCUCUCCUUCUAGAAAUCCAGCAUGAGUCCUGCUCCAAACCUUACACCAUGAAAGAAAAUUAUCACAUUCCGUAAACACCUUGUGAAACCCUUCUUGGUAUAUAGGGAUUGCUCUGUGGAACCCAAGGAGAUUGUAUACAUGCUUCCAUUCCUUUUUUUCCACUAUGUGACGGAUACGGACACUAGUUUGAGAUUCAGUUUUGAAUUCAAAAUGUGAUUUAAAUGUGGCCAUAAAAAGGGUGAAUGCACACUGCUUGAGGCUGGGGAACUUGUACUCCUUUGACAAUAAAGCUAUGUGUACAACA